AUGCUGCGCCGUAUUGCGCCUUCGACGCGCGCUCUCCGACGCCCACCAACACGACCUCCCCCUCGUCUCCAACGGCCCUUUGCAUCCCAGUCCAAUCAGCCAGCCGGUGGUAGCAACGCAGCAGGUGUCAUCCAACAAAUCAUCGCCGACCAUGCAGCAACCGCGUUCAAGGCAACAGGUCGAUUCGUCGGGUACUCAGCGAUCGGCAUAGUCACUGUCGGCUUCGCUAUCGCUGCAGGCUAUGAAGGCAUUCACCACUAUGUCGAGCAAUAUGCUCUGGCACCCGAGACAGACGAUGACGUUAAAAAGUUUCAAUGGGACAUCUCUGAAGAGAAUUGGCACGGAGAUCCCUACGCUGGUGGUACGGAUCCAGGUCUAGGGUUUGUCGGAAGGCACGCACUUCGAGCCGCAUGGAUGGCGCGAAAUUGGGGAAUUGGUCCCACUGAGUGGUUCGCCUCGGUCAGUCAGAGCGGCCAUCUUCCUCCCGACUUUGACAUCCCGCUGGCCCAGUCCGCAAGCUACCUGCAUACCACUCUGGCAAUAGCUCAGGAAGCUCAAAGGUCGCAACAGCUGCAUCCACACACUAUCCCAGAGCUUCAGGCACGAUAUGCGUCAUACCUCGAGCGGUUGGGUGGGGACUACCUUCCUAUUUCCUUCGAGAACUUCCUCCGUGCCUGGGAGGGGUACCAAGGCCAGGGUUUGCAGGCAGCUCGCAUAGCUCUACGCUUGGGUGAUCUCAGCUCACGCAUCAAGGACGACGAACAAGCUCGCAAGUGGUGGAAGUCGGCAAUGCAAUUGUGCCAAGGACAGGCUCACCCGGAAGUUGGCCCGUUAUUGCAACCAUCCCAUUUACCAGAUUCUCCGUGGGCCCAGCGGAUUCUUGCUUCAACACUCGUUUCCGUUUCCGCACAUAUGGCCCAGACGGGAAAAUUGCGCGAAGCACAGACAUUCGAAGAAGCAGCGUUGAACUUCCUGCGAUCAGCCCCCGUGCCAGAACGCCUCGAACAAGCGUCACCUGCUCAAGCUUUGCACUCAUUCUUUAUUCUCCACCGAUCUUCCCUUAUAUCCAUCCACCUCGCGGAAGUCCUAUACGCACAGAAGCCGAAGCGGGCACUCCCGUCCUCGAUCCAAUAUCUCACCGCAGCGGCAGAAUCCUCGGGGCGGGUUGCUCGCGCAUUGGCCGGCCUGCCGCUUAAAGUCGACGACCCAUCUGGCGCAUCCCUGGUGCCCGGUCAAGACGCCCAACUCCUUCCGACCUAUUCCAAUUCUCCCAACAUGAAGGUGGCUGCCUCGAGACUAUAUCGAGACGCGAAGCGGACAUCUGCCGAGGCUUGGAGCCUCCUUGGCGUGCUCUAUGAGCGAAAGGAGGGACCGGCGUCAAAAAAGGCACUUGAAUGUUACGAAAUGGCGCUCAGGUGGUCGGGGAAGGCCCUUGAGAGCGAGGCGCAGUUGACGGCGAAUGAAUCGACUACGGAGUCCGAUUGGGACCUUUUCGUGUCCAAUUACCAAAGGGCCAAGGCCGCAUCCGAAGGCAAAAAGUAA